CUGGGCUGGAGCGCGCCACAGAGCGCCUGGGAUCAGCCGGGCCCAUGGAGCCUCCCGUGGCCGUGGGGUCCCGGCUCCGCGCGGUGCAGGCGCCAGGGCUUGCCCCAGCCCUGCCAAUCUGGGGCCUCACAAUGUCCCGUGGCUAUGCCUGUGACUGUGGGGCCAUAUGGACAGUCCCAGCCCAACUGCUUUGACAGAGUGAAAAUGGGCUUCAUGAUGGGCUUUGCUGUUGGCAUGGCGGCAGGGGCACUGUUUGGCACAUUUUCCUGCCUCAGGAUUGGCAUGAGAGGACGAGAACUGAUGGGUGGAGUUGGCAAAACCAUGAUGCAAAGUGGUGGCACGUUUGGGACAUUCAUGGCCAUUGGCAUGGGAAUCCGCUGCUAACCUGGAGCAUGGGAUUUUUUUAACCUGAAGACUAAUGCCCCUGUUCAGUCAUUCCACCUAUGUAAUAUAAUAAAAUCUUUGGGUAUCUAAAA